GUUAGUCUUUGAGGGCGCAGUGGUGCCGACAUCGCCGGGCUGCGACACUACGUGCAUCGCAGCGUUGAUGGGCCUGCUGCUGACAUCGGACACUGAGCUGGGGAAAAUCUUGCCGCCCUUGGAAGCUGGACGGUGGUUCGGAAUAUCGCGUUUGGUGCUUGUCCGAUGUAUACUAAUACACUGCCGUUUACCUGCCGUCUCUAGAUCUUCAAAGACAAUCAACUUACCCUGGCUGUGUGUUUUGUUCGAGUGCCCGGCGCUGGAUGCGUAAUGCAAUGCCAUGUUCCGACGGGAACAGGAGGAUAGUGAUAUCUGUCUAGCAAGUCAUGGUCAGGAAGAAAGUUGAGUACGGGCAACGUAUUGACACAGCUUCGGCAUGUCGCUGAGCGCGGUCCCUCUGCCGUUAUGUGCCUGUGCCGACCUGCCUCCGCCUCUCCUCCCUGUCACAUUACUACGAUGGGCCGGUGGCACAUGCGUUUUGCAUCCUGGAGCGUGAACUUGUCUUAGAUUCACUACAUGCUCUAGGCCAUUCUCUGGAGUAUAAAGCAUGGGCCUUGUCGUAGAAGCUCUUCAGUGCUCUGGAUAUCCGCUUCGCAGCAGACUCAGCCAUGUACGCCUUCGUAAAGCUGUUCUCUGCUCUUUCUCUUCUGUCCGCUGCCCACGCAUUUUUUAUGCCUGCGGCGAGGGCUGACACUCCACCUGCCAACUUGUCCACUGGCGGGUCGAUCUGCUCUACGAAGCAGUUCUCGAUCGAAGCAGCGUUGCCCAGCGACAUUAACAGUAACGGUGGCGAGCCCCUCCCGGCCCCAGUCGCCUCGUAUCCAACAUACACUGCACUAUCCGUUGGUGUACAGAACUACACCUGUGUUAACAAUGCUUGGAGUCCCAUCGGCGCGAUCACAUACCUUUUCGACAUCUCUUGCCUUCCGCAGGAGCACCACGCUCCGUUCACUUCUUUCAUCGGCGCCCUCUGGGAGGCGGCGCCGCCGACAUAUACCGCUGCAGACAUCGUGUCCCUGACCGAGGAGAUUAACCCCGGUGUUGCGCUCGGCAUCCACUACUGGAUCCCGGAUCCAGUUAACGUGACGAGCGGCAAGAUCUUCGCCAAGUGGGACUUCAGCCAGUCGGAGCGGAUGGAGAACGACACGAACAAAGCGAACGCAUUCCUCGUCGCCUCCGAAGUAGGCAGCGUCCCCGACCCAACCAACCCUGCGCUUAACUCUCCGUGGCUGACCGAGCCUGUGCUCGUCAUCGACGGCCAGCCGGAUGGAGAUCUGGCGACCCAGGUGUUCAGGUUCAACUCGAACGGCGGACAGCCUCCUAACACCACGUGCGGUUCGAGCGCCGAUUUCCUGCAAGUCAAGUCAACUUUGGACUUCUGGUUUUUCGGCGGCUAUUGGCAGAAUGCUACCUUCUAAGAUGGACGCAUAGGUUGCUAUCACCGCCGAGAUUGAAACAAGCCCUGUAAUACGUGUAUAAUCCGGUCUUUUUAGCCCCUGCAGAGGGCCAUAUGUUCUUGCAAGUAUUGUCUAUACUACUUCAUCACACUAUAAUCCUUGUUGCGCCAAGUGGUUCGUGUAUUU